UAGGGUCCCUGUCUCAACGCGAUCGUAUUAUCUUCCCUAUGUUAGCCGAUUACGAGCGAAUAGUAGGCAAGCUGGGCAGAAAUCAAGAACACAUCUACGACACAGUAGCUCCCGAUAACUUAGCAAAUAUCCUAAUUCCAGAAAAUAAUAUGGCAGGGAAUGAUAAAAGACCCUUUGCGAAACCCGAAAGCUAUGGGGGUACAAAGAGUGAAGACUUCAACGAGUGGUUGAAAACCUUCAAUAGGGCAGCAAAAAUAAAUAAGUGGGAUGAGGAUGAUAAAAUCUUGUAUUUACCCCUCUACCUCAAGAAAACAGCAUUGGCAAUUUUCGACAUAUUUUCGGAUAAAAAUGAAAACGCGACAUUUCUUGAUGCAGUAGGCCACUUAAAAAGUAAACUUGUAGACCCUGUUCAUGAAGAGACAACCAGACAAAAACUCGAAAACAGAAACAAAUUACCAACAGAAACAUACACAGAAUACACAGCAGAUAUAAUAAAACUUUGUCACAUUCUUGAGCCUCAAAUGUCAGAGAAAAGAAUAGUAGGAUAUGUUUUGAGAGGCUUAGACGUAGGAGCAUUGCAACAUGUUGCUUUCAUGGACAAUGCAUCAGUUGAAGAUUUAGAGAAAAAUCUCGCCAAAUAUGAAAGAUCUCGCUUCCUUCUAGACAAAAAGUUAGGAAUGCAUAAUGCUUCAAUCCUGUCAGAUGACGAAGAAGACGAUUGCCAGUUCAAGCAGAAAGGCCUCUGCUUGAUUCCGAGGAAAAAGAUGUCGAACUCCGCCACCCAAGCCACUUGUCUCCACCUUCUAACAUCAGAAGCAGACGUAUCGGAGCUACGAGAAGUCUGCAAAUUGAUUGUAAAGCAACUGACAAUCAAACCCUAA